GUUACAGGUUUUCUAACUUGGAGGAAGGGUCGGUUCUGACAGCCACUCAGCUUCCUUCAGGUUUCCCCGUUUUGCUUUCUUUCAGGAAGCACAUGGAGUGCUGGCCCCCGAGCCAAGGAGGUGGGGGGCACCCCAGCGAUUGUAUGCCGGCUGGUGCCCGGGACCUGGGUCCACGAAGACCCCGCCUGGCCUCAAGCUCUGCUGCUCAAGUCCUCUGCUGACCUGAAAUGGAAAACUUCCAGUACAGCAUCCAGCUGAGUGACCAGGACUGGGCUGAGUUUUCGGCUGCAACGGAGGAGUGUGGCCUCCUGCAGGCCAGCCUGGCCUCGGGGGAUGAGCUCUUGUCCAGUGACAUUGACCAAGGGGACAGCAGUGGCAGCAGUCCUCCUGGGCCUCCACCCCUUCUUGGGGGGCAGCCAGCUUCCAGGGGGAGGGGCUGGCUUGGCUUCAAGGGGGAGGACAAGGCAGCUACCCGGUCGCUGGUCAGCAGGUCUUGGCGUGAGCCUGUCUUGGCCCUGGGGGCCGAUCAGCAGACGCCUAGCACGUCUGCACGGUCAGAAGCUUUGCUGUCCCUUAGAUCUGACGCUGCCCCCCUGGGCCAGAGCUUGUCCCUUCUAGGGCCAGUGUCUUCCAGAGACAAGAUGCAGAGGCUUCUGCAGGGGCCAGCCCCCCAGGGCCCUGCCCCUAGUCUGCCUGGUGAGCCUCCGCAGAGCUCUGAGUCUCCUGGCUGCAGCAUAGCUCCGCAGAGCCCCCCUGGAAGCCCUGGAGCCCCGCCACGCAGCCCUAGACGAAAGAAGAGGCGUGCUGCUGGAGCCAAGGGGGGUGGGUGCUUGAGUGCCCCAGGCUCUGCUCCCACCCAGCAGGGUUCCCUGCUGCUUGCUGAGGUCAGGCCCAAGGAGGGCCUUGGCCUGGCUGGGUCCAGGGGGAAGGGUCUCUCAGCUGGGACAGCAGAGCAGACAGCAGGAACCGGGCAGGAUGCACUGUGUCCAGAGUCUGCAGCAGCCCCUGCGCAGGUAACCAGGCAAGGAAUAGAUCCGGAUCUGUCUACACCUGUCCCUGCGACCAAGGAAGGUACAAACCUACUCAGCAUGACCCCUGGAGCUGAGCUACACACUGUGUCCACACCUGCCCAGGAGACUCAUCCAGAUAUCUCAAUGGCUAAGUCAGAUGCGGCUCUGUCUACACCUGCCUCCAAGUCUAAACUGGACACAGACCUGCCUAUGCUAGGCCCAGUGGUUAAGCAGGAGGUGGAUUUAUCUACACUUGUUCUGCCUCACCUUGUUUCCAAGGCCCAAUCUGACGUGGGUGUGUCUACACCUGCUCCCAUUCCCCAGGCAGGGCCUGACAUGGUGAAGGUGGAGGUUGCCCCAACGGCCAAGCCAUGUUUGAGCCCUAUUGUGUCUCCAGGAGGACACCGAGAGAAGCCCAGGGAGGAGCCUUCAGCAGGUGCCGCUGGCCAUCACUCAGGGGAGCCCCCACUAGGCCCUGUCCAAGCACCCAGGAAGAAGAAAGUGCGAUUUUCCAUGGCUGUGCCCAGCCCUGAGGAGCCAGGUUCAGGAGAGACCUCAGGCCCACCUUCACCAGCCACAGCCCGGCCCUCAUCCCCCAGGACAGCAGUGGGGGGCCGAGGGGAGCCUGGAGGCUGGGACGCCAUGGCAGUUGGGCCCCGGUCUCCCCGGCCUCGGAUCCUCAAACACCUGCCUCCCCCUUCCCCCUCUGCUUCAGUGGGGCCCAGGUCCAGGAGCAGCUUUGCAGUGACCCUCCCAGAGGCCUAUGAGUUCUUUUUUUGUGACACUAUUGAGGAGGAAGAUGAAGAUGCUGAGGAGGUGGCAGAAGCUGACCAGGCCCUGGCCGAAGUACAGUGGCCAGACAUGUGUGAAUUCUUCUUCCAGGACCGUCAAGCCCAGAGGUCUGGGCACUGGGGGGGCCACUCUGUGGCCCAACCCCCACAGGCUGAGCCAGUGCCAACCCUUCCACCUGGAGACCCUGUGCCCAUCUCCAUCCCCGAGGCCUAUGAACACUUCCUCGGGGAGGACUCGUCGGGGGGCGUGCUGGAGCUGGCUGCCCUUCUCCAGCUACAGGCCACGGAGCCCCCCGGCUUGGUCCCCUGGGACAUGGGGCCUGGCACCCCACCAGAGCCUACCCCAGACACAGCGGAGCAGUGCAGUCUGGCAGUCAGGCAAGCAGGGGAGCCCCGAGAUCCUCUCACCUCAUUUACCUUCAGCCAGAAUGACAUGUGCCUGGUGUUUGUGGCCUUUGCCACCUGGGCUGUGAGAACAUUAGACCUGCACACCCCAGAUGCCUGGAAAACAGUCUUGUUGGCCAACAUUGGUACCUUGUCUGCCAUCCACUACUUCCGCCAGCAGAUGGGGCAGGGACGCCCCAGCCGCAGCCGCAGCCCCAGCCGCAGCCGCAGCCCCAGCCGCAAACCCAGCUCUUAGAACCCGGGUUGGUCCAGGAAGACACAGGACAAAGAAACGGCCACAGGUGCUGAGGACGAGGUGCUGCCCUCAGGUCUUGCCCUUUGACCCCCAUGUUCUGUGGAGUCUAGGGAGGAGCCAGUGUCCCUGGAUUCCACCCAGAGGUCCGACCACUGACUAAGGCCAAGACUGUGCUUCCCACCUGGGAGGAGGGGGUUCUGGAAGGUGGCUAGGUAGGUGCUGAGCAAGGAGCUGGCUAGUAAGGCGGCCAGAUCAGCUAAGAAAAACACAGGGUGCCAGUGAAACUUGAAUUUCAGACAUGCAGUAUUUGAGAUGUACUUAUACCGAAUUCUGUGUGGCUUAUCUGAAAUCAAAUUUAACUGGGCGUCCUAUAUUUUAUUGGGUUAUCUAGUUACGGGAGAGAGGCAGGAUAAGGGUCUGGAACCUAGAAGGUGUCAGGGCAGCAGGAAAUCUGGGCACAGGGGGCAAGAGUAGGGGACUAGAUGGCCUCCAGGCCGGAGGGGGUGUCCCGGGAACUCUCUGCCUUGUUGACAAGUGGGCUGGGGUAGUGAAAGCCUCUGAGGCCUCUGCGACCCUUAAGCCCCAAGGGCCUUGGCUCCUGCCUAAGACAGUGAGCAGGUGCCUGUAGGGGCGUGUAGGAGGGGGGCUCCAGCAGCCCCUGCAGGGUGGGGGUCCGUAGGGCAGAAGCCGGAGCCCCUCCUCUGGGGAACCCUGGACGAGGUGCAGAGGUGGAACAUGGUGGUGUCACAUAAAGGGAUUGGACAUUUGGGAUUGUCCCAAGGCUUUGAGGAGCCAGAGAUGGGGCAGGAAGGUGGGUGGCAGAGCAGUGGAGGCCACCAGGCUGGGUGCCAGGUGGGCAUGGGCACAGGGUCCCCAGGAUGGGGGACU